GGGCGCCAAAGCUUCGAAAUAAAACGCGGGAGAAUGGGCUGCUCUUCGUUUGCCCUUGGAUGCCCGCCACGUGUACGCCUUUAAAGCUUCCAGGGUUUACAAUGACUUAGGGCUUUUGGGAGGACGAAAAAAAAUGCUGCAGGCGCUCAGUGCGCUCGCGGCGAUCGAAUGCGUUGUGCUGCUACUCCUUGUGAGCAGAUUCUCACCUCUCAGUCGCGCCGCUGGAUCGUGCGUUGGAAUCUUCGUGAUCGGGAAGGGGCGAGCUCUGUCUCGUUUGAUCAUCGGGUAUCUCUCUAUUGCAUUUGCUACUGCUGUGUUUAGAAUGCGCACAGCGUCUUUGGUGGAUCUCCACUAUCAACGCGCUUUGGCGGCUCUAACUGGAUCGAGUUUGUUCGUGGCGAUAGUGAUUCGCCAGAUCCACAGGAUCGUGUGCCAGGAUGAGCCACUGAGAGAAACCUUGCGUUUGCUCAAGCUCCAGCUCGAGAUCUCGGAGAAUGAGAAGUUCCAGCUUAAACAAAAACAGGUGGAGUUUGAUCACCUGGAACACCUUGUCAGUGACUUGCGCGCAAGAAUGGAGAGGAUGAAUCUCGAUUCCGCUGCAAAGGACGGGACGAUCAACGACUUGAGAGCCAAGCUCGAGAACAUGAAGAUCGAUGCUGAGGGCAGGACGAAGGAGCUCCGAGCGGCAGAAGCCAGCGUCCAGGCUCUCAAGAAACAGGGCGAAGGCUUCCUCUUGGAAUACGAUCGGCUGCUCGAGGACAAUGGUCACCUCCGGAACCAGCUAGCUUACUUCGACAGGAAAUACUCGGGGUCAGACACCAAGAAGAAGUCGUGAUCCAGCAGCGAAACUUUAGAUGAUCUCUUUGACACUCGAGAGCAUUUGAGAAAUGGAUUGACAAGAUCGUUUAUCCGAUUCAACAAGAACGAUCAAAUGGUUUUA